AACAUUUUGACCACCUUGCAAAUUUCAGAAAUGAAUAAAAGUUUGAUUUUUUAUUAUUAUCGUUCAGUUCAGGUUUGUGUCUUCAUAUAGAAAGAUUCAACAGAAUUUCAUCCAAUAUGUCUGAAGCUAAGACAAACAUCGUCAAAUUGUUUGAACGUCCAAGAGAACUUGUUAUCAUGCCUAAGGGAAAAGAUAAUACAGUUUUUGAUGUACCCCCGUCUUAUUUGCCUGAUCAAUACAAGAAUCUUGGAACUCAGAUUGUCAAUAAAUUCGGAGAAGAAGCUACCAAAAAGGUUCCUGUGAGAGACAUCCCAAUUCCGUCACUCGGAGAAAUUCUGGACCUUCCUCGCGAUCAAAACUUUUCUUUGUUCAUCCCUAAGCAUGCUAGAAUAGCUGGACGACUCAUAGAGAUAUACAUGGGUAUGCGAAACGUAGACGAACUCCUGUCAGUGGCAGUUUACACCAGAGACCGCGUCAAUCCUUACCUUUUCAACUACUGUCUAUCUGUUGCUUUGCUGCAUCGUCCUGAUACGCAGGACAUUGAUUUGCCGUCCUUUGUCCACUCAUUUCCAGACAAGUACAUUGACGGAAAAGUAUUUGCCAGAGCUAGAGAGGAAGCCAACAUCGUUCCUACACUAUCAAGGGACCCAAUUGAAAUCCCUAAAGAUUAUACAGCCUCCGACUUGGACCCUGAACACCGCAUCGCCUAUUUUAGAGAAGACAUAGGAGUCAAUCUUCAUCAUUGGCACUGGCACUUGAUCUACCCCUUCAACGGCCCCAUCGAAAUUGUUAACAAGAACAGACGGGGAGAACUGUUUUUCUACAUGCACCAACAAAUUGUCGCAAGAUAUAAUUUCGAGCGUCUCUGCCACAAACUCAAACGAGUUGAACGAUUCAUAGACUUCCGGGCGGAAAUUCCCGAAGCGUAUUUCUCAAAAUUGGAUAGCUUGGUGGCAAGCAGAACUUGGCCAGCUCGUGUAGCCAAUCAGAAACUCAGUAACUUGAGGAGAGAAGCGGAUCAAAUAGUUGUUGAUAUCGACGAUAUGGAACGGUGGAGGGAUAGGAUAUUUAAUGCCAUCAAUACUGGUAUUGUUAAAAAUGAUAAGGGACAAGACAUACAACUCACGGAAUUCGAAGGAAUUGACGUCUUAGGAAAUAUAGUAGAAGCCACUAUUCUUUCUCCAAACAAAGCUUUUUACGGAGACCUUCACAACAUGGGGCACGUCUUCAUUUCGUACGUUCAUGAUCCAGACAACAGACAUCUUGAACCCGUAGGAAUUAUGGGGGAUCCUGCCACAGAUAUGCGUGAUCCUACAUUCUACACAUGGCACGCGUACAUUGAUGAUAUUUUCCAGAGAUUCAAGUCCACCUUGCCCAGAUACACCGUGCAACAGCUGAAUUUCCCUGGAAUCUCUGUGGAACAACUUGCUAUCGAAAGUGGAAGCCAGCCCAACAUCAUCCAGACGUUCUGGCAACAAUCCGAUGUGGACCUGUCUAGAGGAAUGGACUUUCAACCACGUGGAACCAUUUUAGUCAGAUUCACACAUCUCAAUCAUGCAGAUUUCAGCUACAGAAUCACUGUGAAUAAUACCAGCAAUGGGGUGAGACAAGGCACUUGCAGAAUAUUCCUUGCACCCAAGUUCGACGAGAGGGGCAACCCAUGGUUGUUCAGGGAUCAGAAGCAUAUGUUCAUCGAAAUGGAUAAGUUCAUGGUGAACUUGAAGCAGGGAAAAAAUACAAUAGUUCGUUCUUCGAAGGAUUCCUCUCUCACCAUCCCCUUCAGCCGAACGUUCAGGGAUGUCGAUACCGACAGACCCGCAGGGGGGCAUGAACUUGACAGAUACAACUUCUGUGGAUGCGGAUGGCCGCAUCAUCUCCUGACUCCCAUGGGAACCCCCGAAGGCAUGCAGUCCCAGUUGUUUGUUAUGAUUUCGGAUUACGCUGAUGAUAAGGUGGAACAAACCGUAGAAGGAAACUGCAACCAGGGUUAUAGCUUCUGCGGUAUCAAAGAUAGACUGUACCCAGAUCGUCGCCCCAUGGGAUACCCCUUUGAUCGCCAACCACGUAAUGGGGUUGAUACCCUUCAACAAUUCCUAACCCCCAACAUGAGGGUGCAAGACGUCGUUGUCAAGUUCACCAACAGAGUAUUCAGACCAAAACCAACCAAAUGAAGACAUAAAUGUAUGAUGAUGAAAGUUUUGAAAUAAUAUAUGAAUGAAGCAAU